ACCGGUCAAUGAUCGAGGUGAGGGUGCAAUGUUUGCACGCAGGACGCAGCUAGCAGCUACCGAGACAGUAGAGAGCUCCAAUCCUUCUUUCCUAUGCUCCUUGUCCCAUUUCUCAAAAGCGUUCCAUGGCAAAUCCAUGGAGGAUUGCAGCUGUGGGUUGGGGCGUAACCGUGGUAGGAUGGUUGAUAGCGCCCAUUAUGAACUUGCUCGUGAACAAAUUCGUUUCCUACAUCGGCUUUAACGCGUCGCGGAAGCUCCGGGAACUGGAGAUUCAUACCCUCCCAAAACUGGAGGAUAUGCUGAGAGAACUAGAGGAGCAGAGGAUGCAGAAAGAAGCUGAAGAUGAUAGAUCUGCUGUGAAGAAACUGGAACAACCGUGCGAGGAGCUAAGGUCUGCCUUGUACGAAGCGGAGGACAUCUUGGAUCUCAUCGAUUAUCACCAAAUCAAGAACAAGGUCAAUGAUUGCGAUGACGACAUCAACUGGCUGCACUACCUCCAGGACGCCGUCGGCGCUUGCAUCAAGCUUUGCACCAGCAAAUCUGCCGCGCUGUUCCCAAUUUCUCGCCCACCACCGGAUUCUACGGAUCCCAACUGUAGCAGCAAAUCUGCCGCGCUGCUACCAAUUUCUCGCUCACCACUGGAUACUCCGGCUCCGGAUCCCAACUGUAGCAGCAGCAAAUCUGCAUCUGCCGCGCCGCUACCAAUUUCUCGGCCUCCACCGGAUACUACGGAUCCGUUCCCUCUAGAAGGAGUAGACAUUGUACCCUCGCUGCAACGGGUCCGUUCCUUCUACCAGCUUGCAUGUUUUUACCGGAACUGGUCCUACGAAGUGAUGGGCAUCACAAACUACAAGGGGAGUGAUUCUUUCCUGACUAUUUGUGCCAAAAGGAAGUUGAGGAAAAGAAUAGAAGCGAUAGAAGAAAUUUUGAACGACUGGAAACAUCUUUGCACCGAAUCGCAUCAAUCACAUCUCUCGAACCAGGAAAGAAGCAGUAGAUGGAAUACAAUUUCCAGCAAUUACAGGCAGAGCAUUAAACCUGUUACUAAACCAACGGUAUUCGGUCGAGAUGAGGAGCGUGAGGUCAUUCAUAGGAUUCUCCGUGAGGGACCAGAUGAUCAUGCAGCAAGCUCCAGUAACAGUAAGUGUUAUCGUGUGAUUUGCAUACAUGGCAUUGCAGGAUCUGGCAAGACUACCCUGGCACAAUAUGUUUGUGACUACGAAAAAGAGGAUAAAGACAAAUAUUUCGACCCUAUCAUUCUCAUUCAUGUUUCUGAGACAUUGAGAGCAGACUACAUAUUUCAUGAUAUGCUUGAGGAGAUCACAGAAAACCGGCAUUCCAGUAUUACUGAUCGUAGAGAACUACAAAAUAAGCUGAAGAAGGAAUUAAGAGGCAAACGUUUCUUGUUGGUAUUGGAUGAUGUCAAUGAUAAGAAUGACCAGGAGCAGCGAGAUUUACUUUCUCCACUUGAUGUUGGGAAGAGAGGAAGCAGAAUCCUAGUGACAGCUAGAAGAACAGAUGUAGCUCUACGAGCUAAUAGAUAUAUUCAAAUAUCUGAUUUGGACAAGGAGAUAUACUUUUCAAUGUUCAUGCAUUACGCACUAGAAGGCACAAGCUUUGAUGAUCGAGAUUUUAUACCACUUGGGAGAAAAAUUGCAGAAAAGCUACAAAGGUCACCUAUUGCAGCAGUAAUAGUGGGUGUCCGGCUUAAGCAAAACCCAGAUAUCACUUAUUGGAGAGCAACAUCAAACCUCGACGUGUUGAAUUCUACCACAGGAGCUCUGCUCUGGAGCUAUCAACAGCUUGAUAUGGAUGUCAGGAGAUGCUUUGAAUUCUAUAGCAUAUUUCCUAGAAGAUAUGAGUUGGAACGAGAGAGACUUAUUAGCAUGUGGAUAGCACAGGGUUUGGUGAAGACAACCAAUGCAAGAGAGGAGGAUAUGGAAGAUGUCGGCGAGCUCUACUUUCAUGAACUGCAGGUGUGCUCAUUUCUUCAGCUAAAAAGGAAGGUUAAUUCUGACACUAGUUCUGGGGAGUACUUCACGGCUCAUGAUUCGUUGUAUGACGUAGCAAAGAUGGUUGCUGGCAGCGACCGUGUUGAAAUCAAGAAAGGCAUUGUACAACAUAUUUCGAAAUAUGUUCGCCAUGUUUGUAUAAUGUUCUACGAUGAAGUAUUCCCCGAGCAGAUUUUGGAGCUGGCAAACUUGCGCACACUAAUCAUGUGCUAUUCCAUAAAGGAGAUGAGUAAAAACGACUUUGAGCGUGUGCUGAUGAGGCUAAGGAAAUUGCGGGUGGUGUACUUGGACUUGCAAGAUAUGAGGACGGUCCCAGCAUGUAUUGGUGAACUAAAACAUCUUCGUUAUCUUGGUAUUUCGCCAUCCCUUAAUUACAACGACAUCACUUUGCCAGCCGAAUUUGCCAAGCUUUACCAUCUCCACGAGUUUUCGGUCACACCUUUCGUUAAUUUGCAGUUUUCCUCCCCGGCGAAAAUGGGGAACCUUGUCAAUUUGCGGUAUAUGCACACGUGGAAAGGCUUGGACAUUCCCAACAUAGGGAGACUGAAAUCGCUCCGAAAUCUGUUUCGCUUCACUGUGAGGAAAGAGAAGGGAUAUGAGAUACACCAGCUGGAAUACCUGAACAACCUUCGUGGCAGGAUGUUCAUUGACUGUCUUGAUAAUAUAAGAAGCAAAGAGGAGGCUGUUCGAGCCAGGCUAGCUGACAAGAGGCAUAUAACUGAUCUGACGCUAAGUUGGGGUGGUGACGAACGCUCCGCAUCAAGAACUGCACCUGUAACGGAGAUGAGCAGCGGUCCAGAGCUUCAAAUGCAAGCUGAGGUCCUUGAGGAGCUCCAUCCACCAGCCUGGAUUACAUCCCUUUGCAUCAGGGAAUAUAAUGGUACGACAUACCCAAGUUGGUUGUCAGUAAAAGGGGUCGUGCAGCAGGGAGAAUUCCCGGCCGCAUUGCAAAUCCUUAUGUUCUGGAGUUGUAAAGGCUCGAAUAACCCACCCAUGAUUGGUGAGCGUUUCGGUCUUCUGCAUCACCUCUCAAUCACAGAUUGUAGCUGGAACUCUUUGCCUGCCAACUUGGAUUGCCUGACAAAGCUUGAUAUCCUGACCAUCCAAGAGUGUCCAAAUAUACAGUCACUGCCGACGCUUCCCCAAUCCCUCGUGAACAUUGUAGUUUUUCAAUGUAACCGCUUUCUCACAGAGAGCUGUCGGAUACGUGGGCAUCCAAAUUGGCAAAAGAUCAGGCAUAUACCGUACCAAAGCAUACAUUAAUUUUGGGCUGUCUUUGAGAAUACAAAUGUUCACGCAUGUGUAAGGAAUAUAGGCUGUGUUUAGUUCCACGCUAAAAUUGGAAGUUUGAAGAAAUUGGAACGAUGUGACGGAAAAGUUUAAAGUUUGAAGAAAAAAAUUGGAAUCUAAACAGGGCCGUAGAGUCCUUUACAUUCGCUUCGGAAGAGCCUUCCUUUGGAAGGGAGAUGACCCCUAAAAGUUCAGUGUUGGAACCAGCUUGGUUAAUUGGCAAGGUGUUUGCAAGCUGAAAACUGGUUCCGAAGGUCUAGGAAUCCUAAACCUUGAGAAGUUUGCAAGAGCUUUGCGCCUCCGAUGGCUUUGGCAGGAAUGGAAGUCACCGGAGAAAGCAUGGGUGGGUUCUGGUACGCCGUGCGAUGACACCGAUAAGCUCCUUUUCGCAGCAGCGACAUCCAUAACAAUCGGAAAUGGGGCGACUGUGAGUUUUUGGGAGUCAGCCUGGUGGCAGGAGAGAAGGAUGAAAGAUGUGGCACCGCUAGUCUACGCGGUCUCCAAGAAAAAGAAUAGUACCCUCCAACAUGCCUUGCAAUCAGAUCAAUGGCUGCUCGAUCUGGGAUUUCCAGCGGACGUGGGCUGGACAACAGAGCUGAUUGACCAACUUGUCACGGUUUGGACCGCCAUCCAGACAAUAGAGCUGACAGAACAUGAGGACGACCAAAUAUCUUGGAAGCUCACUAGCCACGGUCAAUAUACGGCAACAUCGGCCUAUAAUGCACAACUACUUGGAACAACGGCCAACAACCUAAUUUGGAAGCCCUGGGCUCUUCGCAAAUGCAAAACCUUCGCCUGGCUGGUCAUUCAGAAUAGAGUCUGGACCUCUGAUAGACUAUCUACCCGCGGAUGGCCAAAUGGAUCCAUAUGUCCCUUAUGUCGUCGGGUCCAGGAGACGGCUCUACACCUCCUCGCAGGCUGCCGCUACACAAAGAGAAUAUGGGCGACCCUAGCGGAAUGGACGGCGUGCAACAAUAUCCACCCCAACCAUUGGUGGCAGGUUUCGUCGGUGUUAGAAUGGUGGGAUCAAACCACAAGUGUAAAAGAGGCACCCAAAAAGGCUCUACGCUCCCUAACGUUCCUAGUCGUCUGGGAGAUCUGGAAUGAAAGAAAUCGCAGAACAUUCCAGCAUAAGGAGCUCCCACCGAGUGGUCUUCUGACAAAAAUCAAGGACGAGGCCAAGAUAUAGGCCUUAGCAGGCGCGCAUCAUCUGAGAAAUUGGCUUGUUCCUUAGUUGACUAGGGCGAAAGGUCCUGAGUUUUUUUCUUUCCCUUUACACUGUACAGUUUUCUCCUUCUAUAUUCAAUGAAAUUGGCGGCU